CCGAUAGCUUUGCACAUGGCGCUGGCGGCAUAGAACUUCCGUGCCAUGGAGCCAUGGAACAAUAUGGGCUUGAUCUCUUGGAGCCUUGCGAGCCUACAGAGAUCUGUGAGGUGGAGACCUUUGAGGCUUCGUGCGGCCGCGGGCUACGGACACUGAAGCAAAUCUUGCCCGGCGAAGUGGUUCUCGCUGACAAACCGGUGCUGCCUCCAUGUGCCGAUGCCGAUGAAUUUGCUGCAGCUGCGAGCUCGCUUUGGACAGAGCUUACUCCUGAGGAGCAGAUGAGGUUGAUGGCUCUCCGUUGGCGGAGCAAUUCAGCGCCUCCAGCCCAAGCUGGUCCUGGACUCGUGGUCCCGGCGACUGGGCGUUUGCGUGGCAUUGCCUCUUUCAACGGAAUGGCGGUGGUAAAAUUGGUGAUGAAACCAUCCGCGUUGAAAACACUGGAAGCGCAGCCCUGCAAUGGCGUGGCAGUUUAUCUAAAUGGAAGCAUGCUGAAUCACUCAUGCUUCCCAACAGUCAACAGGCUGCCCUUCUCGUCCUGCUUGGUGGUCAGGGCAUCUCGCGAUCUUUUCCUGGGUGAGGAACUUGUUUGCGCCUAUACUGAAGUUCGAGCGCCUUUCUACAUUCGACAAGCAGAGCUGGAGUCAACCUGGGCAUUCAGGUGUUGCUGCUGGAGGUGCCUGUUGGAAGAGCGGGUUUGGGCGGCUGCACCUGAGGCCGACCGUGUCGCUCGAUCAGCUUGGCGACGGUUUGAGCGCCGCCGAAAAGAUGGAACUUGCUCAGAGGAGGAGUUGCGCGAACUCGUCAACAGCACUGCAGACUCCACGAAGACUGCACUGGCUGAGUUUCUGGUUGCCAUCCAAGACAGAACGGACCUGCUGCCAGCAGAAGUCUUGCAAGAGCGCGGGUUUCAGCGUUACCAGGCGGCGUGUCAAUGCACAGCUGCUGAUGUGAGGGCUUUGGAUCUGACUGGAAACACUCCAACCCAUAAAAGUACCGAUGAUUUGUUGGCUUUUUACCGACUUCUCUUAGCUUCCUUCUGGGCCGCCCCAGCAUUUGAGCUGGCCUUUGGCCUCCAAGAGAGCCAACGCUACGAAGAGGCGCACCAGUUGUGGCUGGCCGUGCGUAAUGUCACAGCUGAGCUUCUCCCAUUCUCUCCCAGCCACACCGCUGCAGCCACAGAGGCCUCACUCUCUGCAAUGGCAGCUGAGAGCGUCGCUUGGGAAGAGCAUGUCCAGGAGAGCGUGAGAAUCUGUUGCGGCACAUAUGGCUCCGGGGCCUGGCUGCGGCUGGCGGCAGGGCGAUUGGAGCACUUGGCUAGCCCCACACGCAUGGGGCUUGAUGGGGCUUAUGGGGCGCGACUAGAAGCAUGCCUAGAGCCUAGGGAUGACAUGCAGAAGCUGGCUGAGCUGUUCAGGUCGUCAAUUGGAGGAAUGCGUUGCAAAUUGCGAACGGCUCAUCCAGGCUGGGACUGUACCACAGUCCACAUGUGAAGGGGCAAACGCUACUUCUUUGGAGGGCUUGGAUUGAAGACUCGCCGAA